AUGUCUUCUAGCAGACGGCAAUCAACGGUAAAUGAGCAGUCAUCCGCUCAGCAAGACGAUGGUACUGGCGACGAUGGAAACUCAUCAACAAGCAGUUUCGACGACAACCAGUCAUAUUGUACCAUCAUCUAUAACGGUCUCAAAAAGAGUACAGACGAAAACGAACCGAUCACGAAUGUUAAAGAAAUACUCGAGGAAGAACUGAAAGACCUGCAGUUGCUAAAAACAAAAUACGACGAAAAAUCGAUUGAUGCAGAACUGGAUGGCAACGUCGAUUUGGUUCAACGCGCUGCCUUUACAAAGCUAUAUAAAGAUAAUCGAAACAAGAUUCUGCAACAGCUUACCAAUUUAAAAGAAGUUAAUACCGACGAAAAAGACGUUAAACUACCCAAGUUAAAUGUACCGAAAUUCUCUGGUACUCAAGCAGAUUGGCUUACUUUCCGUAACAUCUUUACUACUGUGAUUCAUAAUUCGUCAAUCACCAAAUUGAAAAAGAACACGUAUCUACAUUCGUACCUCGAAGGUGAAGCCUUGAGCCUCAUAAAGAAUCUCGAUAUUGCUGAAAAUACAUACGACGAAUGUUGGGAUAUUAUCAAUCUUCACUACAAUGAUCCACAUCAGCAAGUAUCGUCGCACUUGUCAGCUCUCUUACAUCAGCCUUCGAUGGAAAAACGAGCGUCGUUGAAACAAAUUAUUGGAUCUUUUCGACAGAAUUUUGCCGCAUUUCAAUCGAUCGUCAAAGAACAUAAUUUAGAUGCGAUAUCCGAAGUAAUGAUCUCCUUGUUCCUGUCUAAGACUUCAAAAGAUCUACGUGGCGACUGGGAAAAAGAAGUCUCUUUAAGGAAUCGCUUCUCAACGUUUAAUGAAUUUCUACAGUAUAUGGAGUCACAGUCGAAUGCUAUUGAAAGAAGCAACCCUUCCUCUUCGAUGAUAAAACCUCGUGCAGUCGUAAUGGUAGCAACAGGCGAUCAAGAGUCGAAGAAAUAUUGUUUUUACUGUAAAAAACCAGGUAAUCAUUUUAUUCACCAAUGUGAAUCCUUUCUAAAACUUGAUCAAAAUUCUCGUAACUCGUAUGUUAGAAAAUCACGCUUGUGUGCUCGUUGUUUAAGACGUAAAUGUAAUUCCUCUUGUAAUAAGUUUAGUUGUAGAAUUUGCCGUAGGCCACAUAAUACUUUGAUUCAUUGCGACCGUCCUUCAUCGGUCACAAACCAAAAUUCCAAUUCUCUUAAUAGAGAAAAUACUGAUGAACCACCUGUAAAAAUAAGCAAGGAUAAUAAUAACUCUGAUUCUUACAAAUCUCUUUCAUUCCAAGAAUCAGCAAAAUUUCCUAUUCUUGCAUUACAAACUUUUGGAGCUCUCAACAUAAUGGGUUCAUUAUUGUCCACCAUAACUGUACAAAUUGGACAUCAUUACUAUAAAGCUCUUUUAGACUCUGGAAGUCAAUUCAAUUUUAUCACAGAGAGAUUAAGAACAAAACUAAAUUUACCUAAAACAAAAAGUGUCCAUCAAGCCAUACAAGGAGUUGGUGGCCUUUUUAUGAAAGGUCUAAUGACUAGCACAAACAUUCUGGUAAAAUCCAUACACACGUCAUACAAACUUUCUCUAGAGUGUCUAGUAAUUGACAAACUAAUUGACUAUCUUCCAAAUGAUUAUUUUUCCAUUGAAAGUUGGAAUAUCCCUCCUCACAUGCAAUUAGCAGAUCCAACUUUCAAUAUACCAUCAGAAAUAGAUCUACUUAUUGGAUCUAAUAUCUUUUGGAAGCUAUUAGGGAAUUCAAAAUAUUCUUUACAAAACAAUCUACCAGAACUCAGAGAUACCAGAUUUGGUUGGAUAGUAACAGGCCAAGUCACCACUAAUACAACCACAGGUUCAUGCAACCUUAUAUAUAACGAAAGUAAACAAAUUUGUGACCUUCUAGAAAGAUUUUGGGAUACAGAAACUUUAAAACCAGAAAAAAGGGAAUGGACAGCAGAAGAGAAAUCUUGUGAAGCUCUCUUCUUGCAAACAACAAAGCAUUUACCUUGUGGACGUUUUAUAGUCCAUCUACCUUUCAAAGAAAAUCCUAAUGAAAUAGGAGAAUCAAGAGAUUCAGCUAUUAGACGAUUCCAUUUCUUAGAAAAAAGGUUACAAAAAAAUCCAUCUCUUAAAGAAAGAUAUGCUGCUUGCCUUCAGGAGUAUAUAGAUCUCAAUCACAUGAAAGAAGUAAUUCCACUUCCUGGGCAAAGUAUGUAUUACAUUCCACAUCAUGCUGUAAUAAAAGAAGAAUCAUCAACAACUAAAUUACGAGUUGUCUUUGAUGCUAGCAUGAAAACAACAAAUAAAAAAUCGUUGAAUGAUAUUCUUAUGACUGGUCCUGUAGUACAAUCUGAAUUAAUCUCAAUCUUGAUGAGAUUUCGAACACAUAAGUACGUGUUUACAACAGAUAUAACCAAAAUGUACCGACAAAUCCGUGUUAUCACAGAACAUUCAAUGUUUCAGUGCAUCCUUUGGAGAAAUUCUCCAACUGAACCAUUAAAAACAUAUGCCCUCAAUACAGUUACAUUUGGUGUAUCUUCAUCACCAUAUCAAGCCACCAGAUGUUUAACCUAUUUGGCUGAAACUGAAAAGAUCAAGUAUCCUCUAGCUUACCCUGUACUAUUAAAGGAUACUUACAUAGAUGAUAUUAUUUCUGGUGGAAAUACAAUUUCUGAAACUUUAAAAAUACAAGAACAACUAAAAGAACUUGUUGAAAGUGCAGGACUUCCACUAAGCAAAUGGUCAGCCAACCAUCCAUCUUUACUAGAACAAAUUCCAGACUCUCAACGAGAGAAACUUAAAAUUCUCUCGUUGGGGGGAGAAACUGGGAUUACAACUCUAGGUAUGUGUUGGUUACCUAAAGAAGAUGAGAUCUUUGUAAAAAUCAAAGAUAUAGAAGGAGAAGUAAAAACAAAAAGACAACUUCUUGGCAAAAUAUCAUCAAUAUAUGAUCCUCUAGGACUAAUUGGUCCUAUUACUAUAAUUGCCAGAUUACUAAUGCAACUUAUAUGGAGUGUUACCAUUGAUCAAAAAACAUUAGAUUGGGAUGAUGCGAUUCCUGAUAAUAUAUUAGAUCAAUGGAAAGUCUUUUCUUCACAAUUGAAUUUACUUUCCCAAAUAAGAAUACCACGUUAUUUAUUUACUCCUGAAGAUCAAUUCUUCUGCGAAUUACAUGGUUUUGCUGAUGCUUCUGAACAAGCAUAUGGCGCAGUGGUAUAUAUUAAAAGUGUUGAUAUAAAGGGAAAUGUCAAUAUUAAACUAAUUAGCUCCAAAUCACGUGUUGCAUCUCUAAAGAAAAUAUCUAUACCUCGUUUAGAAUUAUGUGCAGCUUUAUUACUCUCAGAGCUAAUAAAUAAAGUAAUUGAAGCAUUUUACAAUCUUCAAUUCACAAACAUUCGUUUGUGGUCAGAUUCAACAGUAGCUCUAUAUUGGAUUCAUACUCCCAGUUAUAAACUCGAAACUUACGAAGCUAAUCGAGUACAAAAAAUACAAAAUAGUACAAAAAACUUCCAAUGGGAUUAUGUUAAAUCCGAACACAAUCCAGCUGACAUAAUUUCUCAUGGCUUACUUCCACAACAAUUAUUACAAUCACAUUUAUGGUGGAAUGGCCCUGAUUGGCUCAAAACAAGUAUUAAACCUUGGCCAAGAGAAAUGAAGUUUACUCCUUCUGAUAAUCCUACUCAAAUAGGAAUCAAGAAAAUCAAAAACAUAGUGGGAAUCACUGUUAUUUCAAAUCCUAUAUUCACCAGAUUUUCAAAUUUUGAUAAAUUGAUUCGUGUCACUGCAUAUAUGUUGAGAUUUUGUGUCAAUACCAGAGUAAGAAAAAGGAGUUUAGGAAAUGGUCCUAUUGGUGUCAGAUAUCGAGUCAUUUUAUGCUACGAAAUAAAUCCCAGCGACGGUGUGUAA